AUGAUCGCCACCGUACUCCGCCGAUCUUGCGUUGACGCGUCAAGGCGGACUCUCUCCGCAUCGCUGACCUCCAUCAACGCGGCUCUAUUUCACCAUUUUACUCCUUCUGCCGCCGCCAAAGUCUCCGAUGUCAAGCCUAGCUUCGCUCUCGGGAAUCAGUUUGGCGUUAAAUCGAGGGGAUUUCAUUUUCAAUCUGGGCCGUCGGAGUUCAGAUCGACGAUGGUGUCUCCUGCGGGGUUUGCGAUAUCUGAGACUAGCGACAGAGCAAUUGCAGAUUCAGAGAGCAGUGGUGAUGGGCUCGCGAUAGCUGAGCUUGGGAUAUCUCCUGAGAUCGUCAAAGCUUUGAGUGCUAAGGGUAUAGAGAAACUCUUCCCGAUUCAGAAAGCUGUGCUUGAGCCAGCGACGCAAGGCCGUGACAUGAUCGGUCGUGCUAGGACAGGAACUGGAAAGACUCUUGCUUUUGGGAUUCCCAUCAUUGACAAGAUCAUCAAAUUCAACGCUAAACAUGGACGUGGGAGGAAUCCUCUUUGCUUGGUUUUGGCGCCGACAAGGGAGCUUGCUCGCCAAGUUGAGAAGGAGUUUAGGGAGUCUGCUCCAAGCUUGGAUACUAUUUGUGUUUAUGGAGGUACUCCCAUCGGACAGCAGAUGAGGCAGCUUGACUAUGGUGUUGAUGUCGCUGUUGGUACUCCUGGUCGUAUCAUUGAUCUCAUUAAGCGAGGAGCUCUCAAUCUUUCCGAGGUUCAGUUUGUGGUUCUCGAUGAAGCUGAUCAGAUGCUUCAAGUCGGGUUUGCGGAGGAUGUUGAGAUUAUAUUGGAAAGGUUGCCUGAGAAACGUCAGAGCAUGAUGUUUUCCGCAACAAUGCCGAGUUGGAUCAGAUCCCUUACCAAGAAGUACCUCAAUGAUCCUUUGACAAUUGAUCUGGUUGGAGAUUCUGAUCAGAAGCUCGCAGAUGGAAUUACAACAUAUUCUAUCAUGGCAGAUUCUUAUGGUAGAGCUUCAAUUAUCGGUCCUCUUGUAACGGAGCAUGCUAAAGGAGGAAAAUGCAUUGUUUUCACCCAGACAAAACGGGAUGCUGAUCGCCUUUCAUAUGGCUUGGCAAGAACCUUCAAGUGCGAAGCUUUACACGGUGAUAUAUCUCAGAGUCAGAGGGAAAGAACACUUGCUGGUUUCCGUGAUGGGCAUUUCAACAUUCUUGUUGCCACUGAUGUUGCUGCCCGUGGUCUUGAUGUUCCUAAUGUCGAUCUGGUGAUUCAUUAUGAGCUUCCGAAUAACACUGAGACGUUUGUCCACAGAACGGGGAGAACAGGACGUGCCGGGAAGAAAGGAAGUGCUAUUCUCAUCUACAGUCAAGAUCAAUCCAGGGCUGUUAAAAUAAUUGAGAGAGAAGUCGGGAGUCGCUUCACUGAGCUCCCUAGCAUUGCUGUUGAACGUGGUGGAAGCAUAUAUGAAGGAAUAGGUGGUCGAUCUGGUGAGUCUUUUGGAGGAGGCAUGAGAGAUCGCGGUUCAAGCUUUGGUGGCCGUUCAGGUGGUGGUGGUUAUGGUGGUUACGGUAGCAGCAGUGGCCGUUCAGGUGGUUCAGGCAACCGUUAUUCUGGUGGUUCGGAGCGCUCUGGCUUUGGGAGCUUCGGUUCAGACCGUUCCUCUGGUUUCGGGGGCUUUGGUUCGGAUCGUUCUUCUCAGUCAAGCGGAAGGGGAGGCUUUGGUGGUCGGUCAGAUGAUUAUGGCAGCAGUGGUGGCCGUAGCAACCGUUCUUCUGGUUUCGGGGGUUUUGGUUCAGAUCGUUCUUCUCAGUCAGGUGGAAGGAGCAGCUUUGGUGGUGGCUUUGGCUCAAACGAUGGUAAAAGGUCUUACUGAGAAGCGUUGGGUAUGUUUUGACCCGACCCGGCAAUAAGUGGUGUUCCUAGGAAGAUUUGUUUUAUCGGGUAGAGUAGUUUACCUGUGUUUUAAAAGGCGAGCGCCUUUUGCGCCAAGGCGCAAGGCGCACUCAGGCGACAGCCCCAUCGCCAUGCACCUCCCAGGCGAGGGUAUGGUCCCUAAGGCGUGCGCCAUGGUGCGCUUUUAGCUUAAAUCUAAGGCAUCUAAGGCACUAAAAGCGCUUGAAAGGCGCACCUUUUAGAUUCCUAUCAAAACAUAAUGUUUUGACCUAACUUUAUUCAUGUCCUAUGUUCUAAUCGUGACAUGGCUGCCGUUCUGUUACAUACUCUAAGUGAAGAAGACGACUAACUGUAACCUAAUUAACUCUAAUAAUAACUCAGCCCGGUUUAAUUCACUAAACCAUGUGAAUUUCAAGUUAUUUUAAUGAACCAACUCAAUUAAUAAACUAACUAACCAAGAAGAAGGUUUAUUGAACCAAGUAUGAAAGUUUUUUAAACCAAUUUAGAACCAAUUGAAACAACUUUCCGGAACUGAGAAACGUCCCAAAGGCGAGCGAUUUAAUGCGCCAUGGCGCAAGGCGCAAAGCUAGGAGCAUAUCGCCUUAGUGCGCCUAGCGCUUUUUAAAACACAGCUUACUAAGGGAUACAAGGAGUCGGGCUAUAUAUAUAUAAAUCUGUAGUUAUGUAAUCAAACAUACUAUUUCUAAGUUUGUCUCUCUUUGGUUUGAUAUGUUUUUUUGCGCAUAAACCAAGAAA